AUGGAGUUGAGUAAGAAGCGAGAACAGGUUCCAGAACUGGCUCUCAUCAUCUGGCAUUCAUUCGGCGUCAUGACAUCCCUUCUACAGGAGAUCAUUUCUGUCUACCCUCUCCUGAACCCAUCGCAGUUGACAGCCGCUGCUUCUAACCGAGUAUGCAAUGCUCUGGCGUUGCUGCAGUGUGUCGCCUCCCAUAACGAGACCCGAACCCUUUUCCUAAACGCGCACAUUCCACUCUUUCUCUACCCAUUCCUAAAUACCACCUCCAAGUCACGUCCAUUCGAAUACCUCCGCCUCACUUCUCUCGGCGUCAUCGGCGCGUUGGUAAAGAACGACUCGUCCGAUGUCAUCAACUUUCUUCUCACUACCGAAAUCAUCCCGCUAUGUCUUCGAAUAAUGGAGACCGGCUCAGAACUCAGCAAGACUGUCGCGAUAUUCAUUGUCCAAAAGAUACUCCUCGACGAUAUAGGCCUAGCUUAUAUCUGUGCUACCUACGAAAGGUUCUACGCCGUCGGUACUGUGUUGAGCAAUAUGGUCACUCAGCUUGUCGAGCAGCAAACAGUUCGACUCCUGAAGCACGUUGUCCGCUGCUUCUUACGACUCAGUGACAACAACCGUGCUCGUGAGGCGCUACGCCAGUGUCUGCCAGAACCACUCCGCGACGCCACAUUCUCGUCUGUCCUCCGCGACGAUGCGGCGACAAAACGAUGCCUUGCACAGCUCCUCAUCAACCUCUCUGACAACGUCGUCGACGGCACGAAUGCCGGCCCUGGAAUGUGA